UCUACUUUUAACUUGCUAGAAAAGUGUAAUAUAAUGUCAAAGUCACUGAGUUCGGGAAUGAAGCGCAAACUCUCCGUCAUGAUAGCACUUAUAGUAGACUCUGAGGUGGUGAUGCUUGAUGAGCCCACAAUUAGCAUGGACCCCAUCUCACAAAGAGCCACCUGGGACCUCCUUCAGCAGUAUAAACAGGACCGCACCAUCGUAAUGACCACCCACCACAUGGAUGAAGCUGACAUCCUGGGGGACCGCAUUGCCAUCAUGGUGAAGGGAACUCUGCAGUGCUGUGGCUCUUCAGCCUUCCUGAAACAAAUCUAUGGUGCUACAUAUCGCAUAGUCAUGAAGAUUGACCCACAGUGUGAUGUUGAAAAGCUCUCUGCAGUGAUUCGGUCUCAUAUUCCACAUGCCACUUUGGAAGAGUGUACUGGAGCUGAGUUAUCAUUUAUCCUACCCAAAAAGUAUAUACACAGAUUUGAAGCUCUGUUUAAUGAUCUGAAAGAGAAAAAGAGUGAGCUGGGCAUUACCAGCUUUGAUGCUUCAGUUACUACCAUGGGAGAAGUCUUUCAUAAGGCCAAUAAACUGGCACAUUCCCAAAUGGAUAGUCUACCCUCCGUAUCCUCUUCCUUGGAGGGCCAAAGAAAAAGGCAAGACAUGAAGCAGAAUAGGAUUAUGCCCAGAAACUACAGCACAACAGUUUUCUCCAGAUUGAGUGAAAUUACUACCAUUGAAUUUAACACUGGGGUGAGCACAUUUACUAAUAAUUUAAUCAGUAAGUUUGGUUUGUGUUUGAGAUGUACAAUUUCAAAUCUGAACGUAAAAGAUGUUUGAAGUUUAGCCAUAGAAG